AUGGACAAGCCCGUCCUCAUCUGCCUAAUCCUGUGUCCGCUCUUCACGCUCUGCAUGCGGCGAGAGCAGCCAUCGGAAGACGUAUUGGCCUACACAAAGUCGGGCAUUCUUCGUGGCAGCACGCAGAUGGUUAUGGGAAAGGUCGUAGACACCUUCUUCGGCAUACCAUUCGCCCAACCACCCGUGGAUGAGCUGCGCUUCAAGAAGCCCGUCCCAGUGAAACCAUGGGCCGGAAUCCGAAACGCGACCCAGCUUCCACCACCUUGCGUGCAAAUAGACCUCGAGCUCCCAAUGGCUUGGACCAAAAGCAAACAGCCCGCGUCCGAGGACUGUCUCUACCUCAACGUGUGGGCGCCGCCGUGCUCCCAGGAGGACUGUAACUGCUCACUGAAGAACGUCCUCGUAAACGUGUAUGGAGGUGGUUACAGCGUGGGCUCCAGCGACUGGGACAUAUAUGACGGUGCCGCUCUGGCAUCCAUCGGAGACGUGGUUUACGCCAACAUGAACUACCGAGUCGGCGCUUUCGGCUUUCUCAACGGCAAGGUACCCGACGCGCCUGGGAACCAGGGGCUCUUCGACACCCUUAUGGCCGUAAAGUGGAUCAAGGAGAACGCCGUAGCGUUUGGUGGUGAUCCUGACAAGAUAACCCUAUUCGGCGAAAGUGCCGGAGCUGUGACCGUCGGUUACUUCCUGGUGUCUCCCUUAGCUAGGGGCAUCGUCAGCCGGGUCAUCAUGCAGAGUGGCAGUCCGUACUGGAGAAUCGGUGACAACAGCGACAGCGGACCUCAGAAGCUUCUGAACAUGGCCAGAAAAGUCGGUUGCGCCAACGCCUCCACGGACUUUGACCGGGACCACGUGAGCAUCAUGCAGUGCAUGCGAACCAGAGUUUCCGCAGCAGACAUUCUCGAGGCCGGUCGUCAGUUGUACGGAAAGAAGCACUCGAGCGCAUUCUUUCCGAGUUACGGCGACGAUUUUCUACCCCUAGACCCCGUGAAGAGCUUCGAAAGCGGUGACUUCGAUGCCAGCACGCCCGUGCUACUGGGAACCAACAGAGAUGAAGGAUCGGUCUUCCUCUCCACAGUACUCCCCGAGAUCUUCCCGGCCGACGGAGCCGCGGAAUUGUCGAAGGACGAAGCCGGGUUCUAUCUCAUGUUGAUGUUCCAGUACCUCAUGGGCAAGACGACUACGGAAGUGAGAGACAUUUACUUCAAACACAUGCACAACCCUAACACGUCUGCCGUGCUGGCGGCAGCCUCGGAUGCAGUGGGCGACUACGCUUUCACCUGUCCCGUGAACUAUUUCGCCAAGGCUGUGUCUCGCAAGGGAAGUAACGUCUAUUACUACUAUUUCACACACCGUUCGGCCCGCACGAGCCGAUCGGAGUGGAUGGGAGUUGCCCACUUCGAGGAAUUCCCAUUUGUCGUCGGCCUGCCGUAUUGGUGCGACCUCCAUUAUCCCGUGGAAGAAAUACGGUUCAGCCGGCAAAUGAUGAACAUCUGGGUAACGUUCGCCAAAAACGGGAGGCCUCCCAGAGUGAACGGCACUGAGUGGCCGAAGUACUCGGAACAGGACCCGUACUACAUGGAGCUCAACCCGAAGCACUACCACGUGGGUCGUGGCGUGCACGAGCACAGCUGCCAGUACUGGAGGAAGCACAUCAUUCGAGACACCUCAUGA